UCUUCAUGGAUUGUAACAUCUCGAAAGUUAUCCAUCUAAAAUUACAUUGUUGGCUUUUCAUAACAUCCAAAACCCCUUACUCCAGAUUUGUUGGGUGCUGCGCGGUUGCGCGCCCAAACUGGAUUGCAAUGAUCGUGUCCAACCUCAGCCUCAGCACUUGCGCGCGGUCUAAGAGCGUGUUGUGCUCCAGUGCCGGGGACGGAUUUCUAGAGGCUACUUCAAAUCGCACCCUCAGCCCGACUGGGCACUUGGUAGUCGCGGUGUGUCUGGGGUUCAUAGGAACUUUUGGAUUCCUUAACAACCUGCUGGUGCUUGUGCUGUUUUGCCGCUACAAACUGCUGCGUUCCCCCAUCAAUCUGCUGCUGAUUAAUAUAUCUUUCAGUGAUCUUCUGGUGUGUGUGUUGGGAACUCCGUUCAGCUUCGCCGCUAGCACACAAGGACGAUGGCUUAUCGGGGAAAGCGGUUGUGUGUGGUACGCUUUCGCCAAUACUCUGUUCGGCAUCGUGUCCCUGAUAUCCCUGGCCGUGCUGUCAUACGAGCGCUACAGCACAAUGCUGGGACCCACAGAGGCCGACUCCACCAACUACAGGAAGGUGUCCUUUGGAGUGGCGCUGUCCUGGGUCUACUCCCUUGUCUGGACCAUUCCACCUCUGUUUGGCUGGAGCCAGUAUGGCCCAGAAGGUCCAGGCACCACCUGUUCCGUGAACUGGACCGCCAAGACGACCAACAACAUCUCCUACAUCAUCUGUCUGUUCAUCUUCUGCCUUCUCGUCCCUUUCGUCGUCAUAGUGUUCUGCUACGGGAAGCUCCUGUAUGCAAUAAAACAGGUGAGUGGUGUGAACAGAGCGCUGGGUCGUAAACGUGAGCAGCGUGUCCUGGCCAUGGUCAUUAUCAUGGUGGGGUGCUACCUGGUCUGCUGGCUGCCCUACGGCAUCAUGGCUCUCCUGGCCACUUUUGGUCCUCCAGACCUGAUAACGCCCGAGGCCAGCAUCAUCCCCUCCAUUCUCGCCAAGACCAGCACGGUCAUCAACCCCAUCAUCUACAUAUUCAUGAACAAACAGUUCUACCGGUGUUUCCGUGCCAUGCUGAAAUGUCAGGCGCCUGAGCGUGGUUCUAGCUUCAGGAGCACAUCCCGAGUGUACAAGCAGAGCAUGAGAGUCCUGCGACGCACAAACGACAAUAACUGUACCGCGGGCCCUGCCACCACAGCUCUGCCAAACCAGCUGGAAGGGCCGCCUUCCUCAGACGACAGCAAACCCGCCAAAGUAUCACUUGUGGUAUACUACACUGAAUAACGGCCAGAAACGGCUCCACUUUUGUCCACGUUUGCAGAAAACAGGACACUUGGAACAGAGAAAUGGCUGUAUUUGGAUCAUCCUGUUGUGUAAUGGUGUUUUUUGCAGUUUGCACAUGUCUAAGGACAGACUGGACAUGAAUGUUUGGUAAUAGCGCUGUUGAUAUGUGCACGGUUGGGCACACAUUCAUGUGACUCUCCUCUCUCAAUGCUUUAAAGGAAAAUAUUUGUGUACUCUUAUUAUUGUGACUCCAUAUACCGACAUAUUUCUGAAAACAGUAGGACAUUUUUAAAACGCAAUCACAUUUCUAUCUGAAAACAUAGGGGGAAGAUGAAUUGCAGAGUUGUGGGCAUUGUGUUGGAGGGGAAAAGGUUUUAGAGGACAAAAUAGUGAUUGUUUCCGAAUAAUGGAACUCUUUCAAGUUGUCUAUGCCUGAUCAUAUUCCGUUUGAAAUGAAUCCAACAACAACAACAACAGCAACAGGCAGCAACAACAAUUUGUCUAAUGUUUGUGAGGAUUCCUGAUUGCUAUUAAGUUUGUAUAACUGAGCCAAUUUUAGAAUGCACUAGUCGCACAAGCUCACAACGAAACAGGAAAAACAUGUUAAACAUAUUCCAUCUAUUUUUUUUUUUUUUAAUAGAUAACCCACCCUCAAUGCUUGAUGCAUUCACAGAGCUACAAUUAUGAACAAUUAAUUAUUACCAUACUAAUUAUAGUUAUGGAGGAACCAAUCCCUUCCAUACUUUAAUUCAGAAAGACAUUGUGUCAGUCAUGAUCAAAUGCUUUGUCUGGGCUCCACCAGCUACUUUUUUUACUUUAGCAUUUACUUUGUUUGUUUUUAAGUUGACCUCAGCUCAGUGUUUGCCUUGUUCUAUUGUUUUCACAACUGUAUAUUAUAACCAGUUUUUCUGUCCUGCAUGCUCCCAGUGUUCUAAAUUAUCAGCGCUAUAGUCUCCAUAACAUUCUUUCUGAUGAUGCCCUGACUCACAACAGCCAAACAGUAUGCAGUAAAACAGGAGAGAUAUUGUAAGCCAGUAUGUCAUUAUUCUCAAACAAAUGACAUUUGCCACUGUUAAUACUGUCAGCUGCUAUAUUUUAAAAGAUAUCGGUUAAGAAGUGAUGCAUCACCUUGUUUUACCCUUUCUUACUGCUGAUGGGGAGAAACAAGUAAAUUAAUAAAAUUCCAUCUAGUCAGCAUGCUUAAUGGAGCUCUACUAAAGGUACUGUUACGCUAACAUCAUCAAUGCUUUCCACAGCAGCCAUUUGUUGUUAAUUUAUCAAAUGCCUUUUCAUUGAUUAACCACUGAGAUUGCUAAGGAGGCCCAACGUGUUAAGCUGGCUGAGGAGAUCAAGUGAUGGCCUGGCCCUGCCUGACCAUAUCUCAGGAGAGUGGCUGGUAGCCCUCCGAUGAGAAAAGUCUCAGAUAUUUUCAGUCAGUGAGUUACAGAGUGCAGCCAUGUUGACAUCAAAGGACUUUGUGUUUUGCAAAUAGCUAGAAGACAGUGCUGUGAGUGUCAAGUGCUUAAGAGCUAAUAAUCACUACAUUCCUGUCUGCCCCCAUUUCCAACCUCACUAACUCUAUAGACCCCAGUCUCCAAACUACAGUAAACACACCAAAGACUGGCACUCUGAAUCAGUAUUCCCACAGAAAGCAACUGAUGACCAUCUCCCCCUCAAUCUGACAAUUAGGAUCACCACUGGUCAUUUGUAUUUAGUGUAGCACUCAAUGUAUGUCCGCCCGCCCCCAUCCAAUGUAAAUUUUGUAAAUAUUUGUUCUUAUGUUACUUAUUCUGAUUAUGAUGAGAAGUGCAUAAGAUGCCAAAUGCCAUUUUGUCUUAUGCCAGUUAUCAGCAACCCUGCUCUUGGACAACCAGAUUCAUGUCGUUUCCCAUACUUACUCUAAACAAGCAUGUAUACACACAUGCAGGUGUCCACCCACCCCUCUCUCUCUCUCUCUCUCACACACACACACACACACACACACACUGCCUCCUGAGGGAACUCUCUUAUACACUUGUAUGUCAUUUCUAUUUGAAAUAUCUUGUCCUACAGAGAAAAUAAUUGUGUUAUGCUCAGAUCUGAUUUCUACUUAAUUGCAAGCACAGAUUACUCUGUUUAGACCUGUUUCUGCAGGUCAAAAGUGUAUAAACAAUCACAGUCAUGUAUAUUUCAAACAACAGUUGGGGAUAUACCAUCCCAACAAUGCUUUUUGCAGCACAUAUUAUUUCAGAAAAUAUAAUUGUGUUCAAUCAAUAUUAUUUAUUUUCUACUGUAAACUGCAAAUGGCUGAUACCAUGCAAACAUAAUGUAUGACUAUGUUUCAAAUGCGUGAUAAGAAAUAUGUUUGUUUUGAAUAUCUGUGAUAAGAGUGGCCAUUGCAAAUAUGUUGUAUAUGUAAAUAUCACCCUUUUUUCUCUUUUAAUGAUGCUGUUUGUUGUUUUUGGAAGGGAGAGGGUCUCUAGAAGUCUAGUGGAGUUUAAAAAUAAGCGCUAUCAUUGCACACAGAUGUUUUAAGAGCAAAGUAUAUUUUAGACCCACUAAUAGAUCACAAAACACUGUUUACUUCCAUGUAUAGACUAAAAUAAAACCUGUCACACACAACAGCAAUUCGAAUGUACUACCCAUGGAUUUUGAAAUCCAUAUAUAAUCCCCAUAUUGUUUGAUUUAGAAAAGAUCAAAAGUAAACUACCUCAAACAAAACUCAUUUAGCAAUUUCAACUAUUUUACACAUGUGAAGGUUUAUACAUGUUAAUGUAUGAGAAAAGAGACAGCCUUUUCAAUGAAACAGCCAGGUCCAGAAUGAUAGUAUUCAUUUGUAGAAUAAUUUAAAAAGAAUACUGAAAUACACAUCAAGACAUAUGCAACUGAUUUAUAUUUUAAAUGGACAGCAACAGUGUUCUACUCUAAGUGUUUGAUGAAUUUCUUUUUGUAGAAAUCUACAGCAGAAACAACUUUAUAUAUUUUGUGCAAUCCUUGAUGACACAAGUGCAUGCUCUGCUUGUUGUAAUGUGCUGAAGUAACAUGAUGAUUUUGUUUCAUAAAAGGAUCUUCAGCCCUGUUUCCAAAAAAAUGGGAUGCUGUACAAAAUGUAAAUAAAAUGUGAUCUGCAAAUCUUGUAAAACCUUUAUUAAGAUACAUAAAGGAUAAUAUAUGACAUGUUGAAACUGACAAGUUUGACUAUUUCAUGUAAAAUAAAUGGUCUUUUUGAAUUCCAUGCCAGCAACAUGUCUCAAAAAAGUUGGGACAGGGACAACAAAAGGCUGGAAAAGUUCUGUAAUGUUGGAGAAAGCUACGAAAGGAGGAACAUUUCACUGGCAGCAUGAUUGCCUAUAAAAAGAGCAUCGCAGAGAAACAGUUAUGAAAACCUGUGAAUAAUGCAACAAUAUAAGAGUAAUGCCCCUCAAUGUGAAAUUGCAGAGAAUUUGGGGAUUUAAUCAUCUAUAGUACAUAAUAUCAUUAAAAUAUUCAGAGAUUCCAGAAAAAUCUUUGUAAACAAAGGACAUGACUGAAAAACAAUAUUAGAUGGCCAUAAUCUUCAGGACCUCAGGUGGCACUGCAUUAAAAUCAGAACUGUUUCUGUAAAGGGGCUCAGGAGAACAUCCGAUAACCAUUGUCUAUGAACACAGUUUAACGCUUCAUCCACCAAUGUUGGUUAAAACUACCAUGCAUAAAAUAGACCAUAUUUGGCCUAUUUUGAUACAGAUAUAUGAUACAGAAAUGCCAGCAUCUUCUCUGGGCCCAAGUUCAUGUAAGAUAGGCCGAGGCGAAGUGAAAAACUGUCCUGUGGACAGGCCAGUUCUUGGAUCAAAUUUUUUAUUGGAUUUCCAAAUUCUUUUUGUAAAUCAUGACAUGGACUCUGCAUCCUCCAGGCUAAAGAGGAGAGGGACCAUCCAACUUGUUAUUGGUGCGCAGUUCAAAAGCUGGGGGGAAAAAAAAGAUGGGAUGGGGGUGCAUUAGUGCCAAUGAUAUGGGCAGCUUGCACAUUUGGAAAGGUACAAUUAAUGGUGAAUGAUAUGUACAGGUUUUGAGCAACAUAUGCUGUCAUCCAUCAGCAUAUUUUUCAGGGAAGACCUAAAUAUUUCAGGAAAGCAAUGCCAAACUGCAUUCUGCACAGAUUACAACAACAUGGCUACAUAGAAGAGUCCAGUUGCUAAAAUGGCCUGCCUGCAGUCCAGACCUGCCACACUGGGUACAUCAAGGAAUGAAAAACACAAUUAUGAAGACCCUACACUGUUAAGCAGCUGCAACCAUAUAUUGGGCAAGAAUGAACAUUUUCAUUCUCAAAACUGGCAUCGAUUUCAAAAUAGACAUAUAUUUUCCAAAAACAAUACAUUUUCUCUGUUUCAACAAUUGAUGUUUUUGUUGCACUAUUUGAAAUUGAAUGUAUGAUUUACAUGAUUUGAAAAUCAUAGCUUUCUGUUUUUAUUUGCAUUUUACUCAACAUCCCAGUUUUUUUGGAAACAGGGUUGUAUGUAAAGAGUCUGUGAAGAUUCAUCUGGACAGAGGUCUUGGAUAGACUACAUACAGCUAUGUGUAGUUUUGUGUUCUAGCUUGUCUUAUGUUCCAUGUUCAGUGUCUUUGUGUAGGCUACUGCACUCUGUAAAGAUGUUCAUGGAUUUGAAAAGGUAAAGUGCUUUGUUUAACUCACCGAAUAUAUUGAAUACUUCUAAAGAUUGUGGCAUAUUUGUACUUUGUACAGUACUGUUUUUUUUGUGAAUAUGUAAGUAUGUGUGUGUGUGUGUGUGUGUGUGUGUGUGUGUGUGUGAUGACACAGAAAAGCUGCCCAGGGUCCACAGAUAUCUGAAAUGAGUUGCAGUUCAAUAAAGCUCCGAAGGAAGCAAAUAUA